GCCCGCCUUACCCAACUGAGUGUCCCACCCUCGCAGCUCUCGCAACUCUUCCUCUGCCGACAAGCACUUUCACCCGGCAUCCUUUGACAUACCACUGCCGGCAAUUUUUUUUCCCCCUUUCGUUUUGGAACCAGAGGAACAGUGGACCAACAUGUCGUCGCCAGCCAAGAGAUCGACGCGCAGCUCUGCAACGCCGAGCCGGGCCACUCGCAGCUCGCAGCAGCAGCAGCAGCAGCAGCAGCAGCAGCAACAGAGCAGCCCCGCGGCUGGCCCCUCGAACCGCCCGACCGCAGCAGAGAGGACACCCCGCCAGACGAGGUCAUCGCAGCUCGCCUCUAGCCCGCUGUUCUACCAGUCUUCGUCUCCUGCCCCCGGCGCCGAUAGGCCCUCUUCCCCUCUCCGCCAGAUGAGCAAUAGCCAGAGCACGGCCAACCACGCACCCAGCUCGCCCUUGCGCCAGCAGACAGAGACCCAGAGCGCCGGAGACCGGACUCCCCGCCCGAGCGCUCGCCUCAUCGGAGACUCCUCCCCGAUCCGCUAUGACCCCAGUUCCAGUCCUGGCCGCCAGCUCACCCAGCAGUCCGACCUCCGCAGCGACAGCAGCGCGCUGUUUGUGAGCUCUCGGCGAUCAGACGUCGCCAGGCCCUACCGAGGAGAUAUCAACUCCGAUGUCAUCCGCACCCCCCGGGUGCCCCGCCGCAUCAUCUUGGACGACACCGGCCGCGUGGUCCGGGACGGUUCCGCGCUCGGGUCAGAUGCCGCUUCCUUCGCAAACAAUAACCCCCAUACCUCGGAGGCCGAUGCUCUCGGUGGCCCGAGCCAGAGCCUUGUCUGGGGUACCACCGUCUCGCUCGAGGAUUCCUUCGCCUCCUUCAGGGACUUCCUCCGCAACUUCACCAAGAAGUACCGCAUGUGGGCAGACGGCGCCACCGAGGCCGACACCAGCGGGAACCCCGAGGCUGACUCGAAGCCGUACUGGGAGGCCUUGGAGAACAUGCUGCUGCUCGGCACCAACAAGCUGUACCUGGACCUCCGCGACCUUAAGGCCUAUCCCCGGACGGUGAAGCUGUGGCACCAGGCCCAGGCGUACCCGACCGAGAUCAUCCCCGUCAUGGACCAGUGCGUCCACGACUGCAUGAUCGAGCUUGCCCAGGCCGAGAUGGCGAGCCAGAGGGCCGCUUCGCACAGCGCCGCCGCCGCCGCCGCGGCCAACGCGCCCCAGGCCUCCCAGAGCUCCGAGAUUGCAUUCCCCAGCUCCGACCGCGGAGAGGACUCGUCCACGCCCCGGCCCUCUCAGCGGGACCAGAUGACGCUCGAGGACCAGGUGAUGAAGCAGCAGUACCUGGUGCGCCCUUGGGGCCUGGAGAAGACCAUCAACCUGCGGGACCUCAACCCGUCCGACAUGGACAAGCUCAUCUCCAUCAAGGGCCUCGUCAUCCGGACGACCCCCGUCAUCCCGGAUAUGAAGGCGGCCUUCUUCAAGUGCAGCGUCUGCGGCCAUUCGGUUACCGUCGAGCUGGAUCGCGGCAAGAUCCGCGAGCCCACCGAAUGCCCCCGCGCCCGGUGCAAGCAGAAGAACUCGAUGCAGAUCAUCCACAACCGCUGCCUGUUCGAGGACAAGCAGGUCAUCAAGCUGCAGGAGACGCCAGACACCGUCCCCGCCGGGCAGACGCCGCACUCGGUCUCCGUGUGCGUCUACAACGAGCUCGUCGACUUCUGCAAGGCAGGCGACCGUGUCGAGCUCACGGGCAUCUACAAGGUCACCCCCGUGCGCGUCAACCCGCGGAUGCGGACGGUCAAGAGCGUGCACAAGACCUACGUCGACGUGGUGCACGUGCAAAAGGUCGACCGGAAGAGGAUGGGCGCCGACCCGUCGACCCUCGACCUGGCCGAGGAGGAGGAGGCCCACACGAACGGGCAAAGCCUCGACGAGGUCAAGAAGGUCACUCCCGAGGAGGAGGAGAAGAUCAAGGCGACCGCGGCCCGCCCGGACAUCUACGACCUGCUCUCCCGCUCCCUCGCGCCCUCGAUCUACGAGGCCGACGACGUCAAGAAGGGCAUCCUCCUGCAGCUGUUCGGCGGGACCAACAAGACAUUCGAGAAGGGGGGGAGCCCCAAGUACCGCGGCGACAUCAACAUACUGCUCUGCGGUGACCCGUCCACCGCCAAGUCGCAGAUCCUCUCGUACGUCCACCGGAUCGCCCCGCGCGGCGUCUACACCAGCGGCAAGGGCUCCUCUGCCGUCGGUCUCACCGCCUACGUGACCCGCGACCCGGAGACGCGCCAGCUGGUGCUCGAGUCGGGCGCGCUCGUCCUGUCGGACGGCGGCGUCUGCUGCAUCGACGAGUUCGACAAGAUGAACGAGUCGACGCGCUCGGUCCUGCACGAGGUCAUGGAGCAGCAGACCGUGUCGGUCGCCAAGGCCGGCAUCAUCACCACGCUUAACGCCCGCACCAGCAUCCUCGCGUCCGCCAACCCGAUCGGCAGCCGGUACAACCCGGACCUCUCGGUUCCGCAAAACAUCGACCUGCCCCCCACCCUCCUCUCCCGUUUCGACCUGGUCUACCUCAUCCUCGACCGCGUCGACGAGAAGACGGACCAGCGGCUGGCGCGCCACCUGCUGUCCAUGUACCUCGAGGACAAGCCCGAGACGGCCCAGAGCAGCAACGACAUUCUGCCCAUCGAGUUCCUGACGUCGUACAUCUCGUACGCGCGGGCCAACAUCCACCCGACCAUCAGCCCGGAGGCCGGGCGCGAGCUAGUGGAGGCGUACGUCGAGAUGCGCAAGCUGGGGCAGGACGUGCGGGCGGCCGAGAAGCGCAUCACGGCGACGACGCGGCAGCUCGAGUCCAUGAUCCGGCUGUCCGAGGCGCACGCCAAGAUGCGCCUCUCGCAGACGGUCACGCCCGACGACGUCCGCGAGGCCGUGCGGCUCAUCAAGUCGGCCCUCAAGACGGCCGCCACCGACGCCCAGGGCCGCAUCGACAUGAGCCUGCUGACCGAGGGCACCAGCGCCGCCGACCGCCGCCGCAAGGCCGACAUGAAGGACGCCGUCGUCCGCCUGCUGGACGACCUGACGGCCGGCGGCCAGGCCGUCCGCUACUCCGAGGUCGCCAGGAAGCUGGCCGACAGCGCCGGCGUCCCCGUCGAGCCGGCCGACUUUGCCGAGGUCAUGCGGGCGCUCGAGAUGGAAGGCGCCGUCAUGAUCACCGGCGAGGGACCCAGGAAGAGUGUGAGGAGGGUUACGGCGAGCAUCUGAUGAUUGGGCGUGUAUGUAUUCUGGGAACACGAACGAACGAGUGGGCAUGGGUAAUGAACGGGAUGGGGUCCGGCUUGGGAUUUCUAACAUGCAAUAACAUGCAACGGGCGUUGUAGACAUUUUGGGAU